AAGGAAGUUUUGGAGAUGGUAUUAGAUGGAAAGAAAUUGUUGCCUAACCUUGACAGAGCCUGGAGUCGUUCUCAUUUAUGAUAGCUGCCCUGAGCACAUCAUGGAAGCUGCAUUUAGAACAGGAUGAGACUGCGGGGGAAACAGGCUUCACUUUUCACCUCUCAGGCCUGGCUCCUGAAUGCUAAUGCACAAAAAGCACACUCCAUGUUCAUCCUGUUGUCUUGGUCUCCUGAGUGUCUGCUGUGGGAGAGGCUUCAGAGCACAGUGAGGCUUCCUCUCUGCCGUUGUUACAGGGUUUCCUCUGGAAGGAUCAGCAGAUGAAUGGGAAUGUGAUGCACAGUCCACUCUUAUUCUGACAGGUACCUCAAGAAUAGUCAUUGUACAAUUUUGUCUCCUGUAACAGUUUGAAUACCCUUCACUUGUUUUUGCCCAACUGCUUCUGUCACAUCUUUUUCAACUUGAUUCCUCAGACUGCCAUUUUCUCCUUCUGAACAGCUGAAACAAGUGUCUGCAUGGAUCCCCUUUGCCAAAAUGGUGUCAGUAACAACAGCUGUUAAGAGCGAGAAUAUAAACAGCAUAUGGGAAUGGAGAACCCAAAGCUGGAUGAAAAUACAGUUGUCCUAGAUGGCCAUUUAAGAGACGAAGACAAGAAUCAGCUAGAUUAAUAUCCAGCUCUGCCACUAUGUAAAAAAGGAACUCGAGCCCCAUGUUGCAAUCCUGUGGUAUUGCGGUGAAACGGAGCAUCCCUUUCAGAGUUUACAAGUGUUUAUAAGGCGGCCGGCGCUCUGCUUCCUUCAGAUCACAGCACCAACCUGUCCAGCAACUUCGGCACCCGGCAGCACAGGAAAAGAUGUCUCACCUGCUAUUUGCCUUACUUUCAUUACUUUCCUUUGCUGCCCUUUUGGAAGCACAGUGGAAACUUAGAGAGAAUGUGUAUGUCAUAGAAUCUGAGUGGAACGACGAGACACCAGCUAAAAAAGUGAAGCUCACCUGUAACACAUCUGAUGAAACGCUGCCAGUUUACUGGAAAAAGGGAACAGAACUGAAAGGAACUGGAAAGACUCUGAUCGUCGAAGUGAAGGAGUUCCCAGAUGCUGGCAACUACACCUGUCUGUCAGCUAAGACACACGAGAUUAUCAGCUACAGUUUCUUCCUCAUAACUAAAGUAGACUCCAAUAGACAAAUGAUACGAUCAAUUCUGAAAAGCUAUAAAGAGCCGAGCAAGACGUUCUUAAAAUGUGAGGCGAAGAACUACUCUGGAAUUUUCACAUGUUCAUGGAUGACAGAAAAUGAGAGUCCAAGCAUGAAGUUCACAAUCAGGAGCCUAAAAGGCUCUCAAGGAGAUGUAACCUGCAGCAGCCCUGUGGUUCACACUGAACAAUCUGUGACUGAAUACACUGUCCAGUGCCAGAAGGAAAACUACUGUCCAUUUGCCGAAGAGCACCAGCCAACUGAAAUGUUCCUGGAGGUCAUUGAUGAGGUGGAAUAUGAGAACUACACUAGCAGCUUCUUCAUCAGAGAUAUCAUAAAGCCAGACCCUCCUCAAUGUCAGUAUGCAAGCACAAAUGGAACAGUGACCUGGACAUAUCCCAGGACCUGGAGCACACCAAAGUCCUACUUCCCUUUGACUUUCAGGGUCAAAGUUGAAAGCACAAAGAAAUACAGAAGCAAGGUUUAUGAUGCUGAUGAGCAGUCUAUUCAGAUUCCAAAGGCUGGGCCAAAAGACAAGAUCUCUGUGCAGGCCAGGGAUCGCUAUUACAACUCAUCCUGGAGUGAGUGGUCUGCACUUUGCAGAUAAGCACCAGGAGAUUGGUGUAAUGCUCCUCAAGAAAGCAAAGGAUGGAUGAAGACAAGCAAAUAUGCUAAUUAGAAGAAAAAUCUGCAUGCGAGAUUAUUAAGAAGCCACGCUUUACUCCUUUUUUUUCCA